UUCCCAAGUUCUUAGUACACUAAUUGAUAUCCUGCGCAUCAUCUUGCACCCCUCUCGUACAUCCAUUGCAUCCUCUGAUGCACCCUCUGUCACAUUCUUUUGCACCCUCUUGCACCUCUGUCGCACCCUCUUGCACCUCUGUCUCAUCCUCUUGCACCUCUGUCGCACCCUCUUGCACCUCCAUCUCAUCCUCUUGCACCUCUAUCUCAUCCUCUUGCACCUCCAUCCCAUCCUCUCGCAAUCUUCUUGCACCUCCACAGGCUCCACCCCAUCCUCUUGCGACCCUCUCGCAGCUCUGUUCUAUCCUGUCGCACCUCCGUCCCAUACUUUCGCACCCAAGAGAAUGCAGACUGGCGACGACGCUCUUGACAUCACGGAAGCUGCGCUAUAACUCGGUGAGUCUUACAAUCACUCCAAGUUCUCCAUCGCGCGGAUUGUAUCCCGAGCUCAGUGGACCACGAGCAAAACGAGGCACAGUCGAUCAUACAUUCACAUUACUCGAUGUCUUCCUUCCUGCCCAUCUCAUCCAUCUCCUCUCCCUCGUUAUCCUCCCCGCCUUCUUCCCUUUUCCUGCUCUCAUCCGUCGUCCGUAUUUGUCUAAGUCACGUCAGCAGUUGCUGAUGUGCACUGGGCACAUGCACUGUUAUGUUCUCGCUUACCUGUAUUGGGCCGUGGCUCAGGCCGAGCCGCUGCUGAGAGUAGUAGAAAGCAGGUGCGUGUCAUGAUCAAGAUCAAUCGCCUGCCUCUGCAUCCCAGCAGCUCAUGAGUCAUAACAAAUCAUCUCAUCACGGUCCAACGCAUCCCCAUGUCUCAUGACCAAAAGAACAGGUCCCAGCCGCUACAGGUGGUGGUAGCGGGAUGACAGUGUCAGAUGGCAGCAGGAGGCUGAGAGUGCAGGAUUUGUGGUUGGCAGUGGCCUAGCUGAGAGUGUCAUCGCAGGCAGUGAAUGUCGACAAAAGUACAAGCAGUCACGCAGUAUAUCAUAUAGUAGCUUCAAAGAUUUGGAAGCAAGUGUUAAAGAUGUGUGCCAUUGAAGGCUGUUAGCGACUCAGUGGAGAGGUGGUUGUGGUAGGUUGUCGAGUUCAAUACUGUAAUG